AAGUGUGAUUAUAUAUAUAUUUUUUUUAAUCACACAUUCUAAUUAAAGUGUGAUUAUUUAUAUAUAUUUUUAAUCACACCUUUUAAUUACAAGUCAACAGGUGACUCAACACUCCACUCAAAAAACAAAAAACAAAAAUGUCUAAUCAACCUGGUUUGUCUGUCUUUUCAUCUUGAAUUUGUUCUUAACAAUCCUACCACAAACAUGGAUUAUUAUUCUAAGCAUAAUGGGACCAUGAAUGUGGUUGGCUACAUAAUCCCCGAUAGGGAAAUUUAGGGAAAAGCUAAUGGGGAUGACAUUGACAGCAUAUCUAAGGUUGGUCAAUCUUGAGGGUUUUUUAUUCACCUAAGGAAAGGAAAUCUGUAUUAGUAAUAUAUUCAAGUUUUUAACUUUCUUUUAGGAUUUUGUUUUGAACCUCUAUUGGGAUAUCAUGGGCAAAAGCUUUGAGUAUUGGAUAUAUUAUCUCAUUAUUGUUAAAAAAAGUUGUCAUGUAAAAGAUUUUCUUCCAAUCUAUGUGCAAUAUGAAGGAAAAAUAAUAUAUUACAUACUUACAUGCAAAGUUUUUGUUUUUUUGACAAUUAAACAAUUAAAAGUAGCAAUUAUUUACAUGCCAAGUUUAUGUCAUAAUUGCAAAUGUGAUGAGUUUCAGACAUCUUAAAAUAUGCACAUUAAUUUAUUUUUAUUAAUUAGUAGUUUGUGUGUGGUGUUGUGUUGCAGUCAUUACUGGUGGACUUGAUUCAAAGCUUGUGAUGUGGGAUUUCUCCAAAGGACGCCCACAAAAACUUGUUGACUUUGGUACAAGUCUUAAUCCUUUUUUCUCCUUGUGUGCUCCUUGUUAUUCUUUGUGUGAACUAAUUAUAUUUAGGUUUGCUUCCACUGAGUUAGUGGCCUUCAGAAAAAUUUAGGUUCGAAAUGCUAGCAUGGAUGUGAUCUUUUUGUGCUUCCAGCUUUGGAAAGACAUUGCCCAAUUUUAUGUCAAUUUGUUCUAUUUAAAUUCUUGUCAAUAUUAAAAAAUUGUGUUUCUCUAUCCAAAGGAUCCUGAUCAACAGAAUAUAUUGGUCAUGAAAGUUUGGUAGGUAGUAUUUUUUUUUUUUAUCAAAGGCUUGUAGUUAUUAUCAAAAAUCUUUAAAGUCGGAAAUUAAAUUUGUAGUAUAUCAAAAGGAUAUGCAGUGACAUAACAAUUAAUUUUUUGGGUGGUGGAUGGCAGUCUAGGAUUUUGCGUAACGCAUUAUUCACGAUCACAGUAGUAUAACUUCAUUAAUGAUUAAGUAUUACACCUCAUUCAACAUCUUUGAUAGACUUGCCUUGGUGUUUGUUUUAUUUUCUAUGGAAACAAAUAGGGUAUUAAUAUGGUCUUAAUGGUCAGAUAGAUUGACUUAAGUACUCUUGCCAUCUUUUCUUUCAUUCAGGUGUGCCUGCCGCAGACAACGUAGGUAGUGCAGGACAAUGCUUGAAUCAUGCAUUUGUCCAUGCAAUAGCCGUUCCUGAAGUUGAUAUGGUAGAUAGAUUAGGCAAGGUAUGUGUCGUAGUUAGAGGCGAUGGUAUUGUUGAUGUGAUCGAUAUUGAAUCAGAACUUGCUGUUAUUAAGUCGAAAAGUUCUUUAAAACCCCAGAAAGGCACUCAAUGAAAAGCAAAAGGAAUGCCUCAUCUGCAAAUGCUGGAACCCAAGAUCAGAAUGAGCGAAAGAAAUUCAGUUUCGAUUACACUUUGGAAGGGCACACUUUUGCAGCAUCGUGUGUGUUUGGGAUUGGUCCAGAUAUUUGGAUGCUACUCAAACUAGCAGCAACAGUGAUCUGUUACAUUUGAGCAUUAGUUUGAGCAUGAAAGUCAAAUUGGCUCUGUACCACUCUAGUGGACUCAGACAACCUUAUUGUCUGCGACACAUCAAAAGUGGUGAAGGUUUAUACUGUUGUGUAGAUCAUUGCACAGUUGUUGACUCUAGAUUAGUUUACCAUAAAGCAACGCUUAUUUGGGUAUACUACAACGUUAUUUUUUUGUAAAAUGUAAGGUUGUGAAGAAUGUGUUUUUAUUUCUUUGCAUUUCAGUGUUUGGAACUUGAGCACAUCUUGGCUAUUUAUAUAAUUUCUCAACUGGGGUAACUGUUCUUGAGAAACAUAAUUGCACUACCUUUUGUUUCAGGCACAUGGAGGACCCUCAGGACCAUGAUGCCUGUAGGCCUAUCAGAGUUGAAGAAAGAGAGAUUGUUGAAACUUGCUAUCGUAAAGGACUAGUACGUGUCUUAAUUGCUACAUCUACUUUGGAUGCUGGGGUUAACCUACCUCCCAGGAGAGUCAUGUUUCGACAACCCUGGAUUGGUCGUGAUUUUAUUGACGGGACAAGGUACAGACAGAUGGCUGGUAGGGCUAGUCGGACUGGAAUAGAUACGAAGGGGGAGAGUGUUCUACUUUGCAAACCAGAAGAUGUCAAAAGAAUUAUGGGAAUUCUUAAUGACAGUUGUCCACCGCUGCAUUCUUGUCUUUCUGAAGAUAAGAAUGGGAUGACCCAUGCAAUCUUAGAAGUUGUCGCUAGUGGAAUUGUUCAAACUGCCAAUGAUAUUCAUCGAUAUGUGAGGUGUACUCUUCUCAAUUCUACAAAGCCAUUUGAAGAUGUAGCGAAGUCAGCACAGGAUUCUCUCAGAUGGUUAUGCCAUAGAAAAUUUAUUGAAUGGAGUGAAGACACUAAGUUAUACAGCACCACACCUCUUGGACGUGCAUCUUUUGGCAGUUCUCUCUGCCCUGAAGAAUCACUUAUUAUACUGGAUGACCUUUCAAGGGCUAGAGAAGGAUUUGUGCUUGCAUCUGAUUUGCAUUUGGUAUACUUAGUUGAAAGAUUCAUGCAAUUGUUUACUCUUGACCAGCGUUCCGAUUUCAAAUGUGGCAAUUUUGUGAUGAUCUCUCUCUCUCUCGACCAUCAGUCGGUUGGCAAACAAGUAGGAGUGCUAGAACCCUUUUUAAUGCGUAUGGCCCAUGGUGCACCACUGCACACUUCAAACAGAUCAAGGGAUAAUGCAAAAGGGUUGUUAGGCAGAUCUGACUGCAGAGUUGGGAUGGCAAACCAAAGUAUGCUUUCAGAUGAGCAAACACUUAGAGUGUGCAAGCGCUUCUAUGUUGCUAUCAUCUUGUCAAGACUUGUGCAGGAAGUACUUGUGGCUGAGGUUUGUGAAGCCUUUAAAGUGGCACGAGGCAUGGUUCAGGCCUCACAAGAAAAUGCUGGAAGGUUUGCUUCUAUGGUUUCUGUGUUUUGUGAGAGGCUUGGUUGGCAUGAUCUGGAAGGUUUGGUUUCCAAAUUCCAAAAUCGUGUUUCAUUUGGAGUCCGAGUGGAGAUUGUAGAGCUUACCGCCAUUCCAUAUGUUAAGGGUUCCCGAGCUAGACAACUUUAUAAAGCUGGCUUGCGCACACCUCAAGCAAUUGCUGUAGCAUCAAUAUCUGAAAUUGUAAAGGCUCUUUUUGAAUCUUCAUCAUGGGUUGCACAAGAUUCAGCACAACGACGGAUUCAAUUGGUGCACGCAAAAUUGUUCUUGAUAAAGCUGAAGAGGCAAGGGUUGCUGCCUUCACAACUUUCAAAUCUCUUGGACUUGAUGUUCCCCAGUUACCUCAACCUAUAUUAAAGGCUGCUGGUGAUGCCACUCAAAAAGAGGCUGACUACCUCUUCUGGGGAAGAGAGUACUAGUAGCUUUGUUGGUGUACAGCAUACAGAGCAUGUUUCAGCCAAGUCAUGGUAGAGGUAUUUAAUGUUAAGACA